UUUUAAGCGCUAAUACUAGACUACGGUUAUAAUGGCUACAACUGCAUUGGCAGCGGCUUCUUGAAGUAAUUACUUGGACUGUAGCUCCUUCAUUUGUUUUUAAAAUCGCAAUACAGAAAGGCACAGACAGCCGCAUAAACAUUUGAAAAGGAGGCGGCCGAAUUCCCCAACAUUGAUUUUUCGUGAUUUUUUUGUUUGGUGCAUCUGGAUUUGGUAACAAUUGUUGUUGCUUGUGAAAGUUAAAAUGAGUGGCGACGAGAGCUGCAGCGACAAGCAGACGCUGAACUUGUCCAAGCAGCAGUUGAAAAAGGUGCCAAAGCAGGACGAUGCGCAAAACAUACGUAAGCUGAUCCUGGACGAGAACGAGCUGCAGAAAAUAGACAACAUCGACUCGUAUCUCAAAAUUGAAACACUCUCGCUGAGCAAAAAUCAAUUGCUGCGCAUGUAUGGCGUUUGUCGUCUUCACUGCCUGCGUGAACUGAAUCUCUCCUUCAAUGGCAUACUCUCCAUUGAGGGCCUUAAAGAAUGCUUGCACUUACGUGUGUUGAACUUAGAAGGCAACAACAUAAAAACCAUUGAGCAUCUCAAUACAAAUAUCAACUUGGAGUGCCUAAAUUUGGCAGAGAAUAGCAUAGGCAGCAUAUCGGAUAUAUCGUUCUUGCGCAAUUUACGUGAACUCAAUCUGCACGGCAAUCGGUUGACACACUUGCGACAGUGUGACAAAUAUUUGCCUGCCUCUUUGGAGACGCUGACGCUUGCCAAGAAUAAUAUUCUUGACCUUAAUGAAAUAUGUACGUUGUCGCAUUUGAAUAAUUUGCAGAGCAUCUCAAUAACGGAAAAUCCCUGUGUGAACAUGACGUUGGGUGCCAAUAGCCUGGACGGCUUUGACUAUCGUCCUUUUGUGCUGAACUGGUGCAUGAGUCUGAAGUUCAUCGACGGGUAUGUGGUCGAUCCCAUUGAGAGCCUUAAAGCGGAAUGGCUGUACAGUCAGGGGCGUGGUCGUCAAUUUCGCGUCGGGGAGCAGGCAGCAUUGGCCAAAUACUUGAGCUCCGCCUGCCCACUGGUGGGGAAGGCGUUGGAGAAUGAAAACGAUCGAAAGCUGCGAUUGAUACUCAGCAAAGCGCAGCAUCACCAGCGUCAGCUACAGGAAGAGAUUAUGGAUAAUGCCAAUCACUCGGCCAGCACGUCGCCCUCCUCGAAUCGCAAGAAGCCAUCAAGUCGCAUUCAGUCGCCACGUUUUUCACGCCUCAGCGGUCGCCAAGGCUCACCAGAGUCCAUGGUUAAUAGCUAUCAUGGGAAUAGUUCCAUGGACAAUGGCUCCAACCACUCGCACACCCUACAGAUGUCGACGUCGCUGAUUGAAAAUAUCAAGAAUACUGAUUCGUUGGACAGCUUUUCACUUGCGAGCAGUGGCAUGUCUAGCAGUGUAACCACCAAGACCUAUAACUCAACGGAAUCAACACCACGCAACAUAACGCCAAAUCCUUACAACGAACAAACCUUCAUUGGCCAAACGCCUGCUGGUGGACCGCUGGCCGCCGCCUCCAAAAUGGUGCCUGUGCCUGAGACGCUUAUGAGUCCCGACGUUUGUCCUGCAGCAGUCGCACAGCGCGCGACAAUUACGGCUCUCAACACGCAGCUACACAAAACAAAGGUGAACAAAAAUAAAGAUAACAAAUUGAACUUGCCACGCAUGCGUAGCCCGAAUCUGAGGCGCAACCAGAGCCCCAACACGAGCCCACGCAAGGCGCACCAGGCACAAAAUACCACAAGACAGCCGGACAAGUCGUCGCAAUCAAUGCCAGACGCUGGCGACUUCAGCACCGAUGAUGACGGCGAUCAAAUCAAUCUUGAGAAGCUCAAGACUAUACGAAAGAUGGCGGCGCAACGUACGCAGCAGCAACAGCAACAGCAGGACAACAACAGCCUGAACUGCACGGAGCGUCUGAACGAGCAUGUGACUGAAACGUCUGCUGUGACCAUACAAAAGAUAUGGCGUGGCUAUCACACGCGUAAAAAAACUAAAGACAUUGCCGAAAAGUUGCACAAGCAACGCACGCAUGAGUACAUCGACAAACUCAACAAGGACAUGCUACUGACCAAAGCACAGCUGGAGAAUGAACGCAAGAUACAGCAGUUACAGAUGCAGGCCAUCAAUGCCUUGUGGAAGAAAGUUUCUAGCAUGCAGAUAGAUGCCAAACCCAGCGACGAGGACAACAGUGUGGAAGCGGGUGAGGGCAAGCCCGCGCAGGUUGCCAGCAGUGGACAAUUGUGCCUGGAUCAGAACUCUGCGGCCGUGGUAAAUGAUCUGGCUAAGCGUUGCACAAUGCUUACAGAUCAGGUGCAACAGCUACAGAGCUCGAUUGGCACAAUUGUUAAUUGUUUGACCAUGGUGUGCAAUCUGCCGCAGGACACGCUGAAGAAGUAUGUGACGAAUACGGACAGCGAUGAGAGCAUACAGGUGGUGGAUUAUUCCUCGGAGGCGCGCGAUAGCUCUAGCACGCAGACAGACCUGGUGGCCGUACACACACCACAAAUAGAGGAUCUUAGUAACUUUCCUUUCACAAAGCUACGUCCUUCGACGCUGGCUCUGGACACAAAGCAUGAUGGAGGUACGGCGCCUGCGACCAGGAUAACCAGUACGGCUAUUGUUGAGGAGCCGAGCAGCAGUGUCGAUGAUGAGGGGCGGCGGAGGAAGAAGCAUGAAGCUGUCACCGAAGUCGAUGAUGGAGAAGAAAAGGAGGACGACGAGGCCUAUGAGAACUAUACGGUGGAGGUUGCGGAGUAGACUGAUAUAUUUUCUAAUAACAAACUCAAAUACCAGUGAAAACGCUUUUAAGAUUAAGAUAAGAAAGAUCUCAGAAUUGCGCUAUCAUAAAACGUAGGCUUUGUAGCUUUUGCAAAACACAAUUGGAUUCAUGUUCGUUCACUUCACAACAAAACCAAAACUAUUAACAGGAGUAAUUAGUCCUUAUUUUUGAUUUUUUUUUUCAAGUGAACAACCACUUAUUUGUUUCAAAAAAAGAAAAAAUUGUAAGCAAAAAAUACAAAGGUAAACUUUUGUAAUGCACAAA